GUUGUGACGUUUACUGUUAACGCUCCGUCCACUCACCGUGCCGGGCGCUGCAGACACACAAAUAUGUUUAUAAGCGGAGAAAAGCCCUGGUUGAUUUGGAUCCUGACGACAUAGGUGCAACAUCAAACUUUGAUAUUUGGGAAGAUUUUAGGUACUCAAGAGACAUUGCUGAGGAAAUGGCCAAUGAGCAGAAGCAAAGCAUGGCCGAAGCAUUUGCUCUGUCUGGAUCAAAUGGUCACAAUGGCCAGCAAUGGCAGACUAGUGUGAAUCACUUAAAUCACCCUCAAGGCGCCGACCACAGGUCGAGGAUGUCCCGCGUUGCCUCAGAUGUCAGGCAUAAGGGUGCAGCAUAUGUGCUGGCACUAAGACCGUGGAGUUUCAGUGCCUCGCUUACGCCAGUGGCCCUCGGCAGCGCCUUGGCGUAUAAACUGGAAGGCUCUGUGGACUUGGUUAUCCUGAUGGUGUGUGCGGUGGCUGUCCUUGUUGUCCAUGGGGCAGGCAACCUUGUUAACACCUACUAUGACUUCUCCAAAGGGAUUGACCACAAGAAAAGCGAUGACAGGACUCUUGUGGAUGAAAUACUAGCACCGCAGGAUGUUGUUAAGUUUGGAGCAUUGCUAUACUCUUUAGGAUGUCUGUGUGCGACUCUGCUCUACUUCUUGUCUACACUUCGACUCGAACACCUUGCCCUUAUUUACUUUGGGGGCCUCUCAAGCUCUUUUUUAUACACUGGAGGUAUUGGCCUCAAGUAUGUGGCGUUGGGAGACGUGGUGAUCCUCAUCACCUUUGGUCCUCUGGCUGUCAUGUUUGCCCACGCGGUACAGGUUGGCUACCUAUCAGUGCUGCCACUCGUGUACGCCGUCCCACUUGCCCUCAACACAGAAGCCAUCCUCCACAGCAACAACACCAGAGACAUGGACUCUGACAAGCAGGCCGGCAUCGUCACCCUGGCCAUCCUCAUAGGUCCCACACUCUCCUAUAUCCUAUACAACCUCCUGCUCUUCAUCCCUUACGUGCUUUUUUGCAUCCUUGCCACCCGUUACACCAUCAGCAUGGCGCUGCCUCUGCUCACACUGCCCAUGGCCUUCACUUUGGAGAGGCACUUCCGCAGCCGAUGCUACGCCAAGAUCCCUCAGAAGACAGCCAAGCUCAACCUCCUCAUGGGACUUUUCUACGUGUUCGGGAUCAUUCUGGCGCCUCCUAGCAGCUUGCCGCUUCUCUGAUUCAUUACCUCUAAUAAUUAAAACGUUGUUGUUUUAACACAGAAUUGAUGACGUACCUCCCUGUAUAUUUACAAAGUUAUGUGAGAAGACAUUCACUGGCUUUAAUUUAUUGUUUUAUAUGUUGAACAGAUAUUUAGUUUAGGUCCUCCUCAGUGAGAACAUAAUCAAUUUAAAAAACAUUUUUUUGUUUUAAGCCUGCUUUAAUGUGUUUGUAAAAGUGAGAAAUUUAUUUUGUAGAGGUGGGCAACAUUUUCAUUUUUUACAGACCAUAGACCUACAGCUGCCAUGACACAAUGAUACAACCAAUAAACAUGUUCUUUUCACCACUGUACUCACAGUAUGGAACAAAUAGUAAUUUUUUUGUUUAAUGUAUUUUUUCUUCUGAGGAGCUAAGUAAUAUUUUAUCAGAUUGUAAUAAAACUCACUGCUGCAGA